CUAAUAUAAUCCUAAUAUUUCGCUACAAAUAAUUUAAUUAUCAAGACAAGGUAAAUUGCCUGCCGAAUUGCCCAGUAAUUGUGAACCGUAUGUUUUUCAUAUCGAUUAAAAUUCAAGAAUACUAAAUAAGUUUCUACUUAAUGUGUUGAAGCAAAAGAAGAUCGGUAUGAAUGUAACAAACAAAUUUUUAUCAUCAGAGAAUGGAACACCGCAUGACAAAGUAGUAAUAUUGGAUGCUGGUGCACAAUACGGAAAAGUGAUAGAUCGCAAAGUAAGGGAAUUACUUGUGGAAUCAGAAAUUUUACCGUUAGAUACAUCAGCAGCUGUGUUACAAGCUAACGGUUAUAGGGGUAUUAUAAUCUCUGGUGGACCGAACUCGGUGUAUGCUGAAGAUGCCCCGAAUUAUGAUCCAGACAUAUUUAAAAUUAAGAUACCAAUUCUUGGAAUUUGUUAUGGAAUGCAGCUUAUAAACAAAGAAUUCGGUGGUACUGUGCACAAGAAAACAGUACGUGAAGAUGGACAAGAAAACAUUGAAAUUGAAACAGAGUGUCCUUUAUUUAAUCGCCUUAGCCGAACACAAUCUGUGUUACUAACACAUGGUGAUAGUGUGGAACGUGUUGGAGACAAAUUAAAAGUGGGUGGAUGGUCAUCGAAUCGCAUUGUGACCGUAAUUUAUAACGACACCUUGCGAGUAUAUGGCGUACAAUUCCAUCCAGAGGUGGAUCUUACAACUAAUGGGAAACAAAUUUUUUCAAAUUUUUUAUUUGAUAUUUGUGGAGCAACACCUAACUUUACCCUUGGAAACCGGAAAGACGACUGUAUAAAAUAUAUCAAGGAGAAAGUCGGAAAUAAUCGAGUUUUGUUGCUCGUUAGCGGCGGAGUUGAUUCGACUGUUUGUGCUGCCUUGUUACGCCGGGCUUUACAUCCAAAUCAAAUUAUUGCAGUUCAUAUUGACAAUGGGUUUAUGCGUAAAGGAGAAAGUGAAAAGGUUGAAAAAUCUUUGAGGGAGAUCGGAAUUGACCUAAUAGUAAAAAAAGAAGCUUAUCGAUUUUUAAAAGGCACUACACAGAUUAAAAGACCUGGGCAGUUUUCAAUUGUAGAAACGCCUAUGUUGUUUCAGACUAUUAACCCAGAGGAAAAACGCAAGAUAAUUGGUGACAUAUUUGUGAAGAUAACCAAUGAUAUUAUAGCUGAAAUGAAGUUGAAGCCUGAUGAAGUGUUACUAGCUCAAGGUACUCUUCGACCAGAUUUGAUUGAAUCUGCAUCAAAUUCAAUUAGCCAAAAUGCAGAAACCAUUAAAACUCAUCAUAAUGAUACCGAGCUAAUAAGACAACUGCGCAAUGUUGGUCGGGUCGUUGAGCCUUUAUGCGAUUUUCACAAGGAUGAAGUAAGAGACAUAGGAAGAGAUCUAGGUCUUCCAGUUGAUUUAAUUGAACGACAACCAUUUCCAGGACCAGGCUUAGCUAUCCGGAUCCUUUGUGCUGAAGAACCUUAUAUAGAAAAAGAUUUCUCAGAAACACAGGUUAUAGCAAAAGUUAUAGUAGAUUUUCAUAACAAACUGCUGAAAAAUCAUGCAUUAAUAAAUCGAGUAAUUGGGUCAACUACAGAAGCAGAGCAAAAGGAACUUAAGCAUAUUUCCUCCAUAGAUAAAAUUCAGGCUACGGUUUUACCUUUGCGGUCCGUCGGUGUUCAGGGUGAUAAAAGAACUUAUAGCUACGUAGUAGGACUUUCUAGUAGUUCAGAACCCAAUUGGAAUGAUUUGAUAUUUUUGGCAAAAUUAAUUCCACGUAUUCUUCAUAAUGUCAAUCGUGUUUGCUAUGUGUUCGGAGGUCCCGUGCAAUAUCAAAUUACCGAUAUUACUCAUACUACUCUUAAUAAAUACGUUUUGGAGCAACUAAGGGAAGCUGAUGCUAUAGGAAACGAAAUAAUUAUCCAGGCAGGACUUCAUCGUAUAAUUUCACAAAUGCCAAUUGUUCUGAUUCCCGUGCAUUUUGAUAGAGAUCCAACCAAUCGAACUCCGUCUUGUUGCAGGUCAAUAGUCUUAAGACCCUUUUUAACAAAUGAUUUUAUGACCGGAGUACCAGUAAUACCAGGAUCGGUACAAUUGCCAACCCAGGUUCUAAAUAAUAUUGUUCACGAAAUAUCAAAAUUAGAUGGUAUAUCCCGAGUUCUAUACGACUUAACAUCCAAGCCACCAGGUACAACCGAAUGGGAGUAAAUUUAUUUAAAUCGCCCGAUUCCUAUAAAAUAGGUGGAAAUGCUAAUUAUAUAUAUAUUUACCGAAUUUAGUUUAUAUUUUUAUUAAAUAAAUGUAUUCUAAAUCUAAAUAAAUUCAGCACAA